AUGUCGCAUCACAAUCAUGAAGGUGAAAAAGUAAAGGUUGAAGACGAACCUUUGCAAAAUGGUAAUCAUCAACAUGAACCUUCAAAUCAAAAAUUUUUAUCGAUUAUGAAUCAUUUAAAAACGAGAGUGCAUCGAAACAAACUAGCUAAAUUAAAUUCACCGGAUUCACCUGGCGAUGCAUCAUCGGUGAACAUAAAUGGAUAUACAAGUAGCAAGAGCAAUAAAUCACAAGGUCAGAAGUCAACUCGAAGUGAACGUAAACAAAUUGGACACUCAGUUCGUUUUCAUCGAAGUUCAGCAUCGCUGUCAAUUUUGGAUGAAAUGACAACCAAUAAAGAUUCAAUCGACAAUGAUCAUGAAAAAAAUGACAAGAUUGCGAAGGGCUUGCACAAUUCUAUAUUGGCUAAUGGAAAUAAAAAAGUUCACCGUCCCGAAAACGGUCUUGAAUUACGAGCAAAUUCUGUGCCAAUUAAAAUGAAUAAAAAGACAGAUGAAUUAGAAUUAAAAUUCUUCAAAACAAAUACUUUCUUUCUUGAAAUACCUUACCGAUCAAGUUUAAAAACACAAACUGAAAAAAAUCGAACAAAGAAUUUUCAAAUUCGCGAUGAAGAUUUUCAUACUAUAUUCGGCAAUGUAUCAUCUAAAGAACAGUUAGUUAUUGCUUACCCCUGUGCUUGGCAAAAAGAGAUAUUUAUGCAUGGACGUGUUUUUCUUUCAACGAAUCAUCUAUCUUUUUAUGCAUGCUUUCUACAUUCGGAAGAAAGUGUACAAAUUCCUUAUAAAGAUAUAACUAGUGUUACAAGAGAGGAAUCUGCAGUUAUUAUUCCAAAUGCCAUUAAACUGCGAACAAAAAACGACGAUGAAUAUUUAUUUGCUUGCUAUGUACCAAGAGAAAAAAUUUUCGCCAAUAUAUUUCGUAUGUGGCAAAAUGCUCUACUCGAUCGACCAUUAGAUUUUCAUCAGUUACGAGCGAUCAUUGUUGUUGACCAACGGAGUCCUAGUGAAUCAAAUAUUGAUAGCGAAGAAGACAUUAAUACAGUGAAUAGCGACGAUUAUAUUCAUAAGUUCAAUGAUGUUUCGCAAUCAAAUCCUGCAAUUUCAAACGGUGUAUCAAAAUCUGAAUCGCCAUCAUCAGCAAGAUCAUCGAACUCAUUACCGCAACCACUGGACUCUUCUAAUGGUACUGUUUCAUCAAAAUCUGACAUUGACACUUUAACUUGUCCCAGUAGUUGUUUAUGUGAAAAUCAUCUGGCAAAAACAUACAUUAAUCAAACAUUUAAUUUUGAUGUUGAUACACUUUAUGAAUUAAUAUUCGGUGACAAUUCAUGUACACGUGACUUUUUUGCUGAACAAAAAUAUCUAGAUUAUACUUUUGGUGAAUGGACUUUAAAUACUACAAAUAGCAAACGAGAGCGUACAGUAAAAUACAGAACAAUUAAUCAAUCUAUUCUCGGUACCAAUAUGAUUCAAUGUCGAGAAAGACACAUAUUGGAAGAAGAAAAACCCCAUUCAGUCUACGUUGUAACUACUGAGGCAUAUAGUGAAGGAAUGAAAUAUGCAGAUACUUUUUAUAUUCUAACACGUUUCUGCAUGGUACAAAAAGAUGCUGAGCAUAGUUCAUUACUAAUUUCCGCCGAACCAAAAUUUAUUAAAUAUGUCAACGUCUUUAUUAGAGCAAUCAUAGAAAAGAAUAUAAUCUCUUCGGUAGGCGUAGAAGUCAGUGAUCGAGUUCGAAGGCUUGCAGCUGAACAAAGAAAAGCAAGUGAUCGUCAAUCUGUUGAGAAACGAAUUUCUCAGCCUCAACAAGAAUCACCUACAAAAGAAGCGACUGAUAUAAUUGCACCUGAAGAAAAAAUCGAAGAGAUUCCAUCAGUCACAGACACAAUGUUGCCUAAACUUGAAAUAGCGUUACCUAAACUUGAAAUGCCAUUACCUACACCAGAAAAGAUCAUUACUCAUGAGAGCAAUCAAUUCAAUUUGAAUGUUAUUUUUGCUAUUUGUUUCCUACUUACUCAAGCCGUUUUAUGGUAUAAGCUUUUCUCACUUGAAAGAAUCGUGAUAAUACCUGCAAGUUUCUGUUCGGAUUACUGCAAAAACAUUCCCAAGUAA